CGGUGCGGUGCUGAAGGAAGUCUGUCAUUCCCAUCUGCUAAGUCACAGACCAUGUUCUACAAUUUAGCUAACCACAACACAAUAAUCCACCACACAUUACAGCAUCCCCUCCACUCACGUAACACUGCUUAGACAAACACACACACAUACACACACACACACACACACACACACACACACACACACACACACAAACACUCUCUCUCUCACACACACACACACACACACACACACACACACACACACACACACACACACACACACAUACAUAUACAUCCACAUAUACAUGCCUGCUAUGUUUGUGUGAGGAAGAGGAGGAGCGAGAGCGAUGAGGAGAGUGAGAAGGAAAGGGGGGAACAAGGAGAAGGUGUUUGGCUGUGACCUCAUGGAACACCUGAACACCACUGGCCAGGAAAUUCCUCAGGUGCUGUGCUCCUGCAGUGAGUUCAUUGAGGAGCAUGGAAUUGUUGAUGGGAUCUACAGACUGUCAGGCGUGUCAUCCAACAUACAAAAACUACGGUCUGAGUUUGACAGUGAGGGGAAUCCAGACCUGUCGAAGGAUGUGUACCAUCAGGACAUCCACUGUGUCAGCUCCCUCUGUAAGGCCUACUUCAGAGAGCUGCCCAACCCACUGCUCACCUACCAGCUCUACGACCGCUUUGCUGAGGCAGUGGCAGUGCAGUUGGAGGAUGAGCGCCUGGUGAAGAUUCAAGAGGUGCUGAGAUCACUACCCCCUCAACACUUCAGGACUCUGGAGUUUCUGAUGCGUCACCUGGUUAAGAUGUCCACUUACUCUGCUGAGACCAACAUGCAUGCCAGGAACCUUGCCAUUGUAUGGGCUCCAAACCUGCUUAGGUCUAAAGACAUCGAGGCAUCUGGCUUCAACGGAACGGCGGCCUUCAUGGAGGUGCGCGUCCAGUCCAUUGUGGUCGAGUUCAUCCUCACGCAUGUGCCUCAGCUCUUCCCAGACAACGCUUUAGGGGUGCCAAAUGAGCGCAGGAAGUCCCUCCCCUCACCCACCUCGCAGGAUGACACCUUCUUCAGGGCCAUGCCAUUCCAGUAUCCUGGAAACAUGAGCCCAGGUGACGGCCCUCCUGCCAUGAGGCCUUACCAUGCCAUCAUCGAGCCGACCGACAAGAGAAAGGGUUCACUGAAGGGACGCAAGUGGAGAUCCAUAUUCAACUUGGGGGGCCGGCUGCCUGAUCCACGCAAGCGCAACAAGGGUUCCACCAAAGAGAAAGAGAAGCAGACUUUAAGGCCAGCUAAAAGCAUGGACUCCCUCAGUCCUGGCCCUUUUGAUGGUAACCGUCAGGGAGCCUCGCCCACUCAGCUGUCCCCCGUGGCCCCCUUGGGGCAGGAAGGCGGAUCCUCCGGAGGCGGACUCGCCGCCAACAGCUACGCGGUGACGUACCGGCGAGGGGGCGGAGCCAGCGUGAGCGUGGUCAGCGGGAGCGGGACCCAGGGCACCUACAGCCGGCUGGACUCCGUCAGCGGCGCCUCUGGAGGGGGCGAGGGGGCCGGGCCCGCGGCGGCGGCAGCAGUGACGGGGUUGGUUGCGGGCGGGGGACUAGCUCCGGUCGCCCGGUCACCAGGGCAGGCCAGCAGGGCGGAGAAGCGGGCGGGGAUCCACAUCUCGGGGCCGUUCUCCGUCACCGUGCCCCUCCACAUCACCUCUGGCCUGCUGGGGGUCAUCCAGGGGUCACAGGGCGAAGAGGAGACCCCCGCCUCCGCACAAGAGGAGGGGGAGAGACGGAGGAGAGGCAAAGGCGAGGAGGAGGAGGAGGAGAAAAGGGAGGAAGAAGAGGAGAAGGAGCGGAGCCGGAAGGAAGACAGGAAGAGAGAGGAGGAAGAGAAAGAGGAAAAAGAGAUAAAGGAAAGAACAACCGAGAGUGGGAGCAGUAUGGGUGGAGAGAAAGAAGAGGAGGGAGAGGGAGAGGGGGAGACACACACACAAAAGGUAGAGGUCACACCACCAGCAAUAGAUGGAGAGGGUGAAGAGCGAAGUUUGAACGGGCAUCUGAGCAGUGAGGAUGAGGAGGAGGAGGAGGAGGAGGAGGAGGAGGAGGAUCUAAUUGAAGAGGACGAGGAAGAGGCAGCGGGAAAAGCAGAGGAAGAGGGCGAGACCGGAGAAGGAGAUUAUAUGGAAAUGCGGGCCACAUUGCUUCCACCAGCAUCAGCAGAGGAAGCCCCAGAGGUGGGUUCCUCUGUCAACGCUGACGUUCCCAUGUCUGUCGAGGAGGAGUACCCUGACGCAGAUCUCCCGUUAGACUUCCAGGACACGUUUGGAUUCCUCGAUAUGAUGGACAGCAUGUCCCAACCGAAUAAUGAGUUUUCGGUGGAGCCUCCUUGCGAGAACGAGUAUGAGGACAACUCAUGGGAACCUCAUGACGACCAGACCAGCAUUUCCCCUCCACAGAAAGCCCAGCCGAGCCCACCAUCUCCGGUGCCCUUGCGCACGCCGACCUCCCGCCCGAUGUCCCUCCCUCUGCACACACGACUGCCAAGCAAAUCCCACAGCCUGCCUUACAAAUGCAGCCCCUCCUACCCCAAUGUCUCCUCUUACUCAGACGAGGAUGAGGAUGAGGAUGAAGAUGAGAUUGUGCUCUCAGACCCGAGCGAUGAAGAUGAGGACGAGGAUGAUGACGAGAGGGGAGAGUAUGAGGACAUGUUUGUGCGCAGCCUCCCUAAUGAACUGGAGUUUCAUAGCCUGGCAUCCAGGGGCGAGCCUCUGCCUGCCAAUAGCAGCGAAGAUACUUGCCUCAGUGGCCAAUCCGAGGACAGAAUGCAGACAGAUUUUAUUCUAAGUGGUGGCUAUGUGAACAUGUCCAUGGGAGGCCGAUCGCAUGAUUCAAAUCAGACAGAAACAAGCAGUAGUGUUUCUUGUAGCCAAUCAGAAGGAACAGUAAUACACAACGAAGACCCGCUGCCAAUCAGCUCUCAGAACAUCAAUGACGUUGAUCAAUUACAAAGCUCACCUGUAACAGACACGGGCUUACUAGCCAAUCAGCUCAUGGACAUUCUCCAUCUUAGCCAAUCAGAAUGCUCAGAGGUACAGACAGACUCAAGCAACGGAGCAACAAACAAAGAGAUGGACGAGGAAACGCAUGGAGAAGAGAGGAAAGAAGAAGAAAUGGGAGAGGAGAAGACGAGCUGCCAAGAGGGACAGGGAGUGGACGCUGGACCAGACGCUCACACUCAGCUGGACCAAGACUCCACCAGCGCUUACCCCGGCCCUCCGCUGCCACCCAGAGACCAUCGCAACAACAAACAGACAGACUCUAACGGUUGCCAUGGCGAAAGACCCUCAGAUUGUGAGGUAGAAAAGGUGGACUGGUCAGACCUUCACCCAGCCUCCACCACUGCUGCCCCCUCGCAGGGUGAGGCUCGGACUUGCACUGGGGAAGGGUCAGCAUCAGAGUCAGAGACCUCCUUUAAUGUGGUUUCCCAUGAGCCCACAGGGGAAGGAUGGCAGGACGGAACAUACCGGAAGGAAGAGGAAGAGGGUGAGGAGAUGGAGGAGGAAAAGGAUGGGGAGAAUGACGGAAAGAUAGAGACAGGUGAUGUUGAUGAGGAAGAGAGUGACAGAGAGGGGGGUGGACAAGAAGAGAGAGUAACCGAUGAAGAAGUGGAAGAGGAUGGAGAGACAGAGAAAGAGGGUGAACAGAAGGUUGGCAGUAACGAGGGAGAGUGGACAGAGAGGGAAGAGGAAGAUGAAGGACAGAGACUACCUGUGGCAGAGGAGGAGGAGGAGGAUCAGCCAGAUGGAAGUGAGAGGGUAGUCACAGAUCAAAAGAACCUGGCAGAGGAAACAGCAGACCAGAGAAGCACAGGCGAAGAAAAGGAAGAGAAGGAAGAGAAUGAGGCAGAAAGAGGAGAAAACGAGUCUUUGGUGAGCACGGGAGAGGCUGGCGCUGUGAUUGGACAGGUGGGGAAAGAGAGGGAGGAGGUAGAGGAGGGACAUACAGAGGAGGGACAUUUGGCGCCAGUCGAACGUCAGGCGGCCGAGCAGCUGCCGGAGUCUCAGACAGACCACAGGGCCAGUGAGGGUGCAGAGAAGUCUGAGCUGCCCAGAGAGGAGAGGGAGGGGGCGGAGCAGGAGGAGCAGGAGGAGCAGGAGGAGCAGGGAGAAAAUCCCAUCAGCGAGGCAGAACAAGGAGGGGAGAGGCAUGUUGGAGAAGAGAGGAAGGAUAGAGAGAGUAAGACGGACGACAAGCCGGCGUCUCUGGGGCAGGGCGUGGGCAGAACUUUGGUGGUGUCCAAGCAGGCGCCCGUGAGGACGCACCAGGCCAAGUCUGUGCCCGUGGUGCCGCCCAAACCACAGCAGUCCCGUCUCACAGCGCUAGGCCUCAGACAGCAGAUGCAGAGCAGAGACACACACAGCCCACAGCAGAAAGACAGGGACGUGCCACACACACAUCACACACACGACCAAGACACCAAAGGACCACCACAAGACAUGCAGCACACGCCAUACUCGCAGACCCCAGACACAACAACACUGAACACACUGCACGAUGACAGGCAACAUCAGGCUCAGGUGAGGCACACAGAGUCACCUGUAGCACAAGAGCACACAGGUGCUGCGCUCCACACAGGAGACACCACACAACCCUGUGGCCCAGAAAUUGACCCAAUCACAGAGCACAGAGACACAGACCCACACCUGCCACACAUCACCAUAAACCAGCAACCUCCACAGAUGGAGACACCAGAGCAGUCACUGGACACCAGAGUAGAGCAACACGCUGCACACAGACAGAGAGAGACAGAGGGAGAGACUAGCGGGGAUGUAGGUGGAGCAAGAGAGCAGGGGGCGGAGGGCAAAGACGGACAGGCGGAGCAGAGAGACGCGGAGGCAGAGAGGUGGAGAGGUCCUCCCCACCAGAGCGAAACAGAGGCCGGUAGAGACGGAAGUGCUGAUGUUAAAAAGGACAAGCUGGGUCUUCGGGAAGGAGACCGCGAGCGUAGAACCAGAGAUAGGGAGGUGAAGAGAAACAGUGGGAUCAGCAUCUGCUUUGAUGAGGCAGUUGCCCGGGCAACCAGGGAACGAGAGAGGGAAAGGGAACACAGCGAGAGAGAGAAAGAGAGGGAGAGAGGGGUGAGUGUACAGGACGAAAAGGCCAGGCUGAAAUAGCGCUUGGUGAGAACUCACGGGUUCAGAGAGAGUCGAGCAGAAUGACUGACAGUGAUAGAUGAUGGUUUUAAAAUGUCCCUCACAGGUAAAUGGGCUGGCACCUGUCCAAUGAAUGUAGAUACAGUAUAUGACAAUAAUGAUAACAUUUGUUUAUUACUAACUCAUGAAUGCAAAUAUCUAUAGACCCUUUUCACAGCCAUUUUGAUUGAAAUAAUAGGGCAAGCACAGGUGGUACUAAACAUAUAAGUCUCGGUUCAGAUUAAAGCGCACUGUAAAUAGGUGCCGAUAUGAGUUGCCACGCAUAUCAGUGGCGACAUUUUUAACUGGUAAGCAUUGCUGCGAAAUAGGCCAGUGAUGUCACAACCUUUCCUGUACAGUUUAGUUCUUUUUAUGCGCAUUUUAUUACUAAAUAACUAAUGGUAUUGGUAUCCAACAACAAGGUGUAGAUGUGUCCAAGAUGUCCUGAUCUUUGUAUAGAUAUACUUGCAGGUUGCACAUUAGAGGGUCAUUCAACUGACUGAAAUUCAGUUGUUUAAUUCAAUCAAAUGAUCCACCAAAUUAAAUAAAUAGACCUCAUUUGUAUAAGGUACUUGGAAGGAAAAGUAGUUUUUGUUAGUUAGUUUUUGUAGGCAUGGUACUUCAAUAAGAGUCUGGUUAUCUCUAGUUGAGACGUUUUUCCCAAUAUACAGCUUUCAUUUGAUUUUGGUUCCAUUUUAUUACUAAAUUAAUACAGUAGAGGGUUCAUGAUGGAAUUUACUUCUAUAAGGGUGUUGUUUUUGGUGUUAGUUUGGUAAUUGGUGUUUUGCUUUCUGUUCUGUUCUGUUCUGUUCUGCAAUUAUCACAUGAUGUCUCUUAGUUCCAUUCCACAAUUGGUAUUCAACAACAAGGUGUAGAUGUGUCCAAGAUGUCCUGAUCUUUGUAUAGAUAUACUUGCAGGUUGCACAUUAGAGGGUCAUUCAACUGACUGAAAUUCAGUUGUUUAAUUCAAUCAAAUGAUCCACCAAAUUAAAUCAAUAGACCUCAUUUGUAUAAGGUACUUGGAAGGAAAAGUAGUUUUUGUUAGUUAGUUUUUGUAGGCAUGGUACUUCAAUAAGAGUCUGGUUAUCUCUAGUUGAGACGUUUUUCCCAAUAUACAGCUUUCAUUUGAUUUUGGUUCCAUUUUAUUACUAAAUUAAUACAGUAGAGGGUUCAUGAUGGAAUUUACUUCUAUAAGGGUGUUGUUUUUGGUGUUGGUUUGGUGUUAGUUUGGUAAUUGGUGUUUUGCUUUCUGGAAUAUGACCUCAGUAAGAGCUGGUUAUUUCUGAAUUGACCAAUUGAGAUUGCAUGUUCAAUAAACCUACACAGCUUUCAUUUUU